UAUUUUUAUCGUAGAUGAUUAAUUAAAUAUUAAAAUAUAGAUUGCUGUAUUUAUCUGUAGAAACAAAAAAUUUAUGCAUAUAAACAAUGAUGCAACAGUAGUAUUUCAAACUGGUCGUAUAUAAUAACAAUGUCAGCAAAAAUGACACGAUAUGUACACACAGAGUUUCCUGAAGAUGAUGUUAGCUCUACCGGUGCAAUUCAGUUGAAUGAGGCUACAGGUAGUACUGGAUUACAAAUACGAUACCAUACUGCACGAUUCAAUAUAAGUUUAGUGAUUUUGCUUGUAACUAAGUGACCAAGCUGUUAAAUCUAAAUCAUCUGUACAUUUUUGAUUAACACAACAAAUAAAAAGGUCUAGUAACACAGUAGUCGUAAUUAAAAACUCUUCACUGCCCUAAGUUACAGUGCGCCCUUGCUAAUGUGAAUUAAUUAUAAAAGACCCCAUUUACAUUGUAGAGGAGUUCACAUUAUUGGAUAGAAAAGAAAUUGAAUUAAGCUCGUAUGUAUAAAACUUCCAAACAUCCAAGAAAAGCAGUCCAAGAUUUAAUAUAUAGUAGCUCUAAGAAAUAAUUCAUAAAUAUAUAAAUUUUUAACUAAAAACAAACACGAAAGGGUACUGAUAUGCAAAAAUAUCUUUAUGUGCAGCUUCAGAAUGAAAAUAAACAGUGUAGUCGUAUAAUGCAGUUUGGGAAUAGUUUAGUGCUUAAUAUAACAAUUAAGAAAAAUAAAUAAAAAAGUGAAAUAAUGUAAAAUAAUAAAAAAAUAUAAAUUAUGUGGUGACAUGUAAAUUCUAAGCUUUUUGGAAUUGUUUUUUUUUCAUACAGAUUGGACCGUAAAUUGUUUUGUAG